GGCCGAGCGCUGCGGCUAGGACAGUAUGCUUAAGCUUUGCUUAGUAUAGCUUGAUCGAACAAAUAGAAGUAAAAUGGAAACUCGAACCAAAGAGAUAUUGGUUCGUUGGGCCACCUACUUCGGCAGGACGGUUUGGGUAGUGCUCAACAACCUUUAUGUAAUUCCAGCCCAUAUUAUUAUACUCACUCUCUUCUCUCCUUUAGUCUACUUUCUUCCUCAACUUUACUACUUGCUGGAGGAGACAAUGUUUACCUGGAUGCUGUCCAUGGUAUCCUGCUGGAUUUGGAGUGCCGGAUACACUAUACUAGAGUCAGGAGACUCAUUAGAUCAAAGUUUGAGGGAACGAAUUCUCUUCAUGCCUAACCAUCAGUCCACUGCAGAUGUUCCGUUCCUGAUGACCUUGUUCACCCCGAGGUUUGGUAUGGGGGGAAGGGUCAUGUGGCUCAUGGAUAAGGUUUUCAAAUACACAAAUUUCGGAGCUUGCUCCUGGAUUCAUGAUGAUUUUUUUAUCCAAGCUGGCAAACAAACCAGAGAUCGAUCCUUAGUUGAACUCAGGGAGCACUUGACCCGUGUAUUCCAAACCAAGCAACGUGACUGCCUUGUUCUAUUCCCCGAAGGAGGAUUCCUAAGGAAAAGAAAGGCUGUAAGUCAGAGUUUUGCAAAAAAGAACGAUCUACCUCUGUUUGAACACGUGACAGUACCUAGAACUGGAGCACUCAAGGUUAUUAUGGAUGUACUCGGUCCAUCAGGAACCUCUCCUACCUCCACUCAUAUUAAAAAGGUUGUUGAUGUCACAAUUGCCUACCCUGAAGGAAAACCUUUGGAUCUUGUUUCAAUUAUCACCGGCUGGAGACCACCAUGUACUUCUCAUGUACACUACAGGGUGUUUGAUGUGGAAGAGUUGCCGAUGGAUCCUGACGAAAUGUUUAAGUGGAUGGUUCAGCUUUAUCAGGACAAGGAGAAGAUGCUAGAGGAGUUCUACCGGACCGGAGAGUUUCCUUACACCAUGUUCAAUCCCGGAGCUGAAGCUCCUAAACCCAUCCAACAUAUUCCGCUCCGCUACGCUCUACUCAACUCUAUCUUUAUAUUUGCAACUCUCUCCUUGAUUCUAAUAACUUACAGUCUAGUCACCUCUCUUAAAAACUCGAUAUAUUAGAUAUUCAGUAUUCUAUUCGGCAACUAUGUUGAAAUACAGGGAUUAAAAAAACAUUAGGAUUAAGUUACGACCUUUAAUCUACUUUAAAAUUAACACACUAGGAUUCAAAAUUCUAGAGUAGCUUUUUCUCCGGCUCAAUGGGUUCCGAAAGUGUCUUACUGAAGCUGUGCAGAUUUUAAUGUCACAAAUAUUAAAUAAUGACAAUUUCUUUUAAUCUUCACUUAAUUCCCAUGUUUUUUUACCGCCCUGUACAUAUUGUUAAACGGUCUGUGUACUCAGUACACAAGUUUCGAUAUUAUAUUAUUGAUUGAUAAACUGCACAAUGCAAUAUUACAAUAUUUAUUCAUAUCCGGCAUUAAUUAAACUGCUUUCUUUUUACAUCACACUAUACUACUUAUGAUCACAAUUCAGCCAUAUUAAAGGGAUUGCUCACGGUUUUAUUUAGAAUAUCGGCCUAAACAAAGCAAAAUAUGUCUUAGUUCAUGUACUGUUUUAAGAUCGUGGGCAGUCCCUUUAAGCCCGAAUCAAUUGAAUAACCACAUCGCUAUUCUAGUUUUUCAAAUUAUGGUCUCGUUAAUUUGUUUGUCUCGUUAUUAUUCUGUUAUUGGUCCAAAAUUCUGUAUACUUUCAGA